AUGACACCUGUAUCGACAACGCCACCAGAUUGGUCUGCCUUGUCAUCGAGCCAAAAAUGGAGCACAGAUCCUAAUCUUCGUGCCCGCGAACUGGGCUCUAAAUCCGCCAUCUGCGCCGACCUCCACGAGCCGGAAUACGCCAUGCGCGACGCUGAAAUCCGAGAUGCACUCAUGCACCUUGUUUCUCUGAUCCAGGACUUUAGUCGCGGAUUCUUCAGUGGCGAGGUCCGUAUCCCUGCACCUGAUGGCAUCCUUCCAGCUUCGUUUUACGAACAAAUGACGCCGCAGACGGUCAAGGUGGUGCACUGCGUUGCGAGUGGCGGACCGGCAGGUCAGCGGGGAUGGCAUGACCUAUUUCUCAACGAGGAGAAGAGGCAAGCACUUGUAUGCGGAGUUAUCGGGAACGUGCUUGUAGAGCAGGUAUUCGAGAAUGUGUGUUUUGGGUUCGGCAAGGAAGAUAAGGAUGCUUUCAGUGCUCUGGAGCGAGAACUGAAAGAUGAGGAUGGAUUCACACGCCACAGCCGUUUCUCCCAGACCCUCCACACUCUCACCCACAACGCCACCACCCUCCCCCCUACCUCCUUCACCGCACACAUCCAAUCCAUCCUCGCAGCACUAACCACACACCUCACCCCCUUCCUCACCCUCCUACACCCCACCCCGCUCUCCACCCUCCCAUCUCUCCUCCCCAGCCUACUCACCCUCACAACCCGCGUCGCCCUCCUCUCCCUCCAUAUGCGCCUCGACCCCCACACCCUCUACCGCUUCACCCCCUCCUUCAAAGAAGACACCUACACCCCCUCGCGCAUGCACUGCACAAACGUCACACAAAUGCAGCAAUCAUGCCCGCACAACCCCUCCUCCGUCCUCACCCCCGCCGAGCAAGCCCGACGCGCCACACUCUCAAAGACCGAGCUGCGCCGCAGCAAAGGCGACCAGGCGCUCGUGCAAAUCAUCGUGUUCCGCGGCGUUGUCGCGUUUCGGAAGGGUGGCUGGGAAGAUGGCACUAGUACUGGGCGGAAUGUCGUGUUUGAAGAGAAGGAGUUUGAGACGGAAGGGUUCAGAGAGAGGGUUUUGACGAGGGGGUGGGUGUAUUGUCGGUGGGGGAGGGGGUUCGCGAGGGGGAUGGGGGAGGAGAUGGGGAGGAAGGUGCAUGGGGAUGCGUGGAGGGAAGGGGGGUUUGUGGAUUUUACGAAGUUGGAGGGGGUGUGGGAUUGGUUGGGGGAGGAGGAGAAGGAGAUGAGGAAGGGGAGUGAAGGGGAGGAGGAGUAG